AUGGAGAGGGGCGAGGCAGAAGGCCAGGAUGGACCGAAUUCGCAGCUCCUGGGGUGGGUAAAGGAGUGGCUAGACGUGGCCCGUGAGCGCAACUCCAAGGGCAUGACGACGUACAAGCACGCGUACGAAUCACUCAAGGCGUGCCCGCUCACCUUCCAGCACCCGGCUGAGCUGCAGCAGCUCAAGGGCUUCGGACCCAAACUGUGCGAGCGGCUGACGGAACAGCUCAAGAAGCACUGCGAGGAGAAUGACCAGCCCAUGCCACCGCAUCCGCAGGCCAAGAAGGCGGCGGAGAAAGCUGCAGCAGGGCAAGGCGGAGCGAGACCGGCAAGGAAGGCUAGGAAGGCUAAAUCAUAUGUGCCGGCCUUUCGCUCGGGGGCCUACGCGCUCAUCGUCGGUCUGGCCACGCUGGGAGAGGAGGACUCGACGGGCAUGACAAAGGCGGAACUCAUCGAGGCAGCGCAGCCGCACUGCGACUCGUCAUUUACGGCGCCGAGCGACCCGACGAAGUUCUACACCGCGUGGAAUUCCAUCAAGACGCUCAUGCAGAAAGAUCUCCUCCCGGCAUUCACGCCCAUCACACUGCCACCCGGAUCAUUCACGGUACAGCUGCUGCUGGAUGUGCGCGAGGUGCGCGCCAAGACGGACCGCGACUACAUGAAGGAGGAGCUCGCGAAGCAAGGGGUGACACCGGUGAUGCGCAGCCUGGAGCUCGGCGACGCACAGUGGGUAGCGCGGUGCCACGACCCGACGGCUCUGUCGCGCCAGGGCGCCGAGGGCGACGAGGUGGUGCUGGACUGGAUCGUGGAGCGCAAGCGGCUCGACGACCUGAUAGGCAGCAUCAAGGACGGGCGGUUCCACGAGCAGAAGUUCCGGCUGGGCCGAUCGGGCGUGAAGAAGGUUGUCUACGUCAUCGAGGAGAUCGCCAUGGACCCGGCGUCGGCGCAGCGGUACGACGAGGCCGUGCAGUCGGCCAUUGCGUCGACGCAGGUCGUCAAUGGCUACUUUGUUAAAAAGACGGCCAAGAUGGACGACACCAUCAAGUACCUAACGCGCAUGACGGUCAUGCUCAAGCGCACCUACGAGGCCCGGCCACUGCACGUCAUCCCCACGCGCGUCAUCACCGCCCAGAACUACCUGCCCCUGCUCAAGCACGUGCGCGCCACGCUCGGCCCGUCCUACUACGUCACGUACGCGGCCUUCUCGUCGCUGGCGUCCAAGUCGGAGAUAAUGACCCUGCGAGACCUGUUCCUCAAGAUGCUCAUGACGACAAAGGGGCUCACGGGCGAGCGCGCUCUCGAGAUCCAGAAGAAGUGGAAGACGCCGUAUGGCUUCGUCAAGGCCUUCGAGGCGUGCGGGCCCGGUGAAGCCGGCAAGAAGAGGAAGAGGGACAUGGUGUUUUCUCACAUGGGUAGCAUGGUGGGCAGGAAGAAGGUGAGCAAGUCUCUAAGCCAAAAAAUCGCCGAGGUAUGGGGUGAAGAGGCGGCAAGAUGA